AUGUACCAGGGCCCAUCUGACAAAUACCAGCAUGACUCCCAACCUGCUGACGAUGACAAUAUGGGGACUAGCGAUGGCAGCUUCACAUCAUUUCGAUCCCCUCCCAUCCCCAGCACUAGUAAUGCCGAUGACUUCGGGUAUUGGAGUACUGGAACCCAAGAGUACUAUAGACAAACAGGCCCAUCUCCCUUAAGGUCACUGCCUAAUGACUGGAAUACUGGAAUGAUGAGGAGUCCAGUGGUUGUGGGCCACAGCCCCCAGUACUCUCGCUUGCUGGGUGAGGGUUUAUUUCAAAGUAACGGAGUGCAUCAGCGCCCGAAGCUGCUGGCUAGUGCGGAGGCAAGUAUGAGAGCAAACUUGACUGAAGCAAUUCAGCCAUUGGCUCUAGAGUUACGAUCAUUGAGGGAUGAGAUGAACUCCAGCAAAGAAAACCAAGAGUUGAUGCAGCAGACUUUUCACCACAUACUGGGGAUCAUGUCAAAGACUCCCGGAAUGACAAUAGAAGGGGAACAGAUCCCUGACCCCCUGAAGCCAGGGGAAUCCCUGCUGAAGAGAGCCGAUGGGACUCCUCUCUUCUGGCCAGAUUGGCGAAAACACGCAAAUCAUGAACUGAACGAGCCUGCAAUCAAUGAGGCUCUCAGGCUCUGUUUGGACAGCCCACUUGUGUCAUCAAGAGAGAGGAAGAAUCGCUGGGGCCAUAAGAAAUCGGUCGUGAGGUAUUACUAUGCAUUGGACAAAUGCCGCCAGGACGACAUAGAUGCCAAAGCUCCUGGCGAGAGGCCUGCGCCUCAAAAUACAUAUAAGCCUGCAAGUCAUUCCUCUGAGGCAAUGUCCUGCCAGCUCCCUAAGUUCGCGGUCUUCCAUUCAUUGGUAUCCCAAAACCUCUCUGCAGAGCAGUUGGCUCAUAUGAAGAUCACGGAGGACCCAGAAUGGAUAACGAAUAUUGCGAUAACUGAUGAGAUGAUAAUGGCUGAGGAUCUUGCAGCACUCAGAAGGUUUGAAGCAGAAUCUAUAGCAUAUGAGGGUGACAACGAAGAUGAAGGGGUGGAUAAUGAAGGCGAGGAUAAUGAGGCUGACAACACAGGGGAUGCCUGA